AUGUCUAGACCACGCGCGCGUACGGAGUUCGUCACCCAUGCUGUUGCAGUGAAGUCUCAUCAGAAAAUCAGAAACAGCUGCGCAGAAGCGGCUGCGCGGAAGCGGCUGCGCGGAAGCGGCUGCGCGGAAGCGGCUGCGCGGAAGCGGCUGCGCGGAAGCGGCUGCGCGGAAGCGGCUGCGCGGAAGCGGCUGCGCGGAAGCGGCUGCGCGGAAGCGGCUGCGCGGAAGCGGCUGCGCGGAAGCGGCUGCGCGGAAGCGGCUGCGCGGAAGCGGCUGCGCGGAAACGGCUGCGCAGAAACGGCUGCGCAGAAACGGCUGCGCAGAAACGGCUGCGCAGAAACGGCUGCGCAGAAACGGCUGCGCAGAAACGGCUGCGCAGAAACGGCUGCGCAGAAACGGCUGCGCAGAAACGGCUGCGCAGAAACGGCUGCGCAGAAACGGCUGCGCAGAAACGGCUGCGCAGAAACGGCUGCGCAGAAACAGCUGCGCAGAAACAGCUGCGCAGAAACAGCUGCGCAGAAGCAGCUGCGCAGAAGCAGCUGCGCAGAAACAGCUGCGCAGAAACAGCUGCGCAGAAACAGCUGCGCAGAAACAGCUGCGCAGAAACAGUGCGCAGAAACAGCUGCGCAGAAACAGCUGCGCAGAAACAGCUGCGCAGAAACAGCUGCGCAGAUACAGCUGCGCAGAUACAGCUGCGCAGAAACAGCUGUGCAGAAACAGCUGCGCAGAAACAGCUGCGCAGAAACAGCUGCGCAGAAACAGCUGCGCAGAAACAGCUGCGCAGAAACAGCUGCGCAGGAACAGCUGCGCAGGAACAGCUGCGCAGAAACAGCUGCGCAGGAACAGCUGCGCAGGAACAGCUGCGCAGAAACAGCUGCGCAGAAACAGCUGCACAGGAACAGCUGCGCAGGAACAGCUGCGCAGGAACAGCUGCGCAGGAACAGCUGCGCAGAAACAGCUGCGCAGGAACAGCUGCGCAGGAACAGCUGCGCAGGAACAGCUGCGCAGAAACAGCUGCGCAGAAACAGCUGCGCAGAAACAGCUGCGCAGAAACAGCUGCGCAGAAACAGCUGCGCAGAAACAGCUGCGCAGAAACAGCGGCGCAGAAACAGCGGCGCAGAAACAGCGGCGCAGAAACACUCUAUAGCCUCCGGUUACAGGAGCGAACAGCUGCGCAUAAGCGGCUGCGCAGAAGCGGCUGCGCAGAAGCGGCUGCGCAGAAGCGGCUGCGCAGAAGCGGCUGCGCAGAAGCGGCUGCGCAGAAGCGGCUGCGCAGAAGCGGCUGCGCAGAAGCGGCUGCGCAGAAGCGGCUGCGCAGAAGCGGCUGCGCAGAAGCGGCUGCGCAGAAGCGGCUGCGGAAAGCGGCUGCGCAGAAGCGGCUGCGCAGAAGCGGCUGCGCAGAAGCGGCUGCGCAGAAGCGGCUGCGCAGAAGCGGCUGCGCAGAAGCGGCUGCGCAGAAGCGGCUGCGCAGAAGCGGCUGCGCAGAAGCGGCUGCGCAGAAGCGGCUGCGCAGAAGCGGCUGCGCAGAAGCGGCUGCGCAGAAGCGGCUGCGCAGAAACGGCUGCGCAGAAACGGCUGCGCAGAAACGGCUGCGCAGAAACGGCUGCGCAGAAACGGCUGCGCAGAUACGGCUGCGCAGAAACGGCUGCGCAGAAACGGCUGCGCAGGAACGGCUGCGCAGGAACGGCUGCGCAGGAACGGCUGCGCAGGAACGGCUGCGCAGGAACGGCUGCGCAGGAACGGCUGCGCAGGAACGGCUGCGCAGGAACGGCUGCGCAGGAACGGCUGCGCAGGAACGGCUGCGCAGGAACGGCUGCGCAGGAACGGCUGCGCAGGAACGGCUGCGCAGGAACGGCUGCGCAGGAACGGCUGCGCAGAAGCGGCUUCGCAGAAGCGGCUGCGCAGAAGCGGCUGCGCAGAUGCGGCUGCGCAGAAGCGGCUGCGCAGAAGCGGCUGCGCAGAAGCGGCUGCGCAGAAGCGGCUGCGCAGAAGCGGCUGCGCAGAAGCGGCUGCGCAGAAGCGGCUGCGCAGAAGCGGCUGCGCAGAAGCGGCUGCGCAGAAGCGGCUGCGCAGAAACGGCUGCGCAGAAACGGCUGCGCAGAAACGGCUGCGCAGGAACGGCUGCGCAGGAACGGCUGCGCAGAAACGGCUGCGCAGAAACGGCUGCGCAGAAACGGCUGCGCAGAAACGGCUGCGCAGAAACGGCUGCGCAUAAACGGCUGCGCAGAAACGGCUGCGCAGAAACGGCUGCGCAGAAACGGCUGCGCAGAAACGGCUGCGCAGAAACGGCUGCGCAGAAACGGCUGCGCAGAAACGGCUGCGCAGAAGCAGCUGCGCAGAAGCAGCUGCGCAGAAGCAGCUGCGCAGAAACAGCUGCGCAGAAACGGCUGCGCAGAAACGGCUGCGCAGAUACGGCUGCGCAGAUACGGCUGCGCAGAAACGGCUGCGCAGAAACGGCUGCGCAGAAACGGCUGCGCAGAAACGGCUGCGCAGAAACGGCUGCGCAGAAACGGCUGCGCAGAAACAGCUGCGCAGAAACAGCUGCGCAGAAACAGCUGCGCAGAAACAGCUGCGCAGAAACAGCUGCGCAGAAACAGCUGCGCAGAAACAGCUGCGCAGAAACAGCUGCGCAGAAACAGCUGCGCAGAAACAGCUGCGCAGAAACAGCUGCGCAGAAACAGCUGCGCAGGAACAGCUGCGCAGGAACAGCUGCGCAGAAUCAGCUGCGCAGAAACAGCUGCGCAGGAACAGCUGCGCAGGAACAGCUGCCCAGAAACAGCUGCGCAGAAACAGCUGCGCAGAAACAACUGCGCAGAAACAGCUGCGCAGGAACAGCUGCGCAGGAACAGCUGCGCAGGAACAGCUGCGCAGGAACAGCUGCGCAGGAACAGCUGCGCAGAAACAGCUGCGCAGAAACAGCUGCGCAGAAACAGCUGCGCAGAAACAGCUGCGCAGAAACAGCUGCGCAGAAACAGCUGCGCGGAAACAGCUGCGCGGAAACAGCUGCGCGGAAACAGCUGCGCGGAAACAGCUGCGCGGAAACAGCUGCGCGGAAACAGCUGUGCAGAAACAGCUGCGCAGAAGCAGAUGCGCAGAAACAGCUGCGCAGAAACAGCUGCGCAGAAACAGCUGCGCAGAAACAGCUGCGCAGAAACAGCGGCGCAGAAACAGCGGCGCAGAAACAGCGGCGCAGAAACAGCGGCGCAGAAACACUCUAUAGCCUCCGGUUACAGGAGCCUGCGCCGAAACAGCUGCGCCGAAACAGCUGCGCCGAAACAGCUGCGCCGAAACAGCUGCGCCGAAACAGCUGCGCCGAAACAGCUGCGCCGAAACAGCUGCGCCGAAACAGCUGCGCCGAAACAGCUGCGCCGAAACAGCUGCGCCGAAACUGCUGCGCCGAAACAGCUGCGCCGAAACAGCUGCGCAGAAACAGCUAGGCAUAAGCAGCUGCGCAGAAACAGCUGCGCAGAGACAGCUGCGCAGAAACAGAUGCGCAGAAACAGCUGCGCAGAAACAGCUGCGCAGAAACAGCUGCGCAGAAACAGCUGCGCAGAGACAGCUGCGCAGAGACAGCUGCGCAGAGACAGCUGCGCAGAGACAGCUGCGCAGAGACAGCUGCGCAGAAACAGCUGCGCAGAAACAGCUGCGCAGAAACAGCUGCGCAUAAACAGCUGCGCAGAAACAGCUGCACAGAAACAGCUGCGCAGAAACAGCUGCGCAGAAACAGCUGUGCAGAAACAGCUGCGCAGAAACAGAUGCGCAGAAACAGCUGCGCAGAAACAGCUGCGCAGAAACAGCGGCGCACAAACAGCGGCGCAGAAACACUCUAUAGCCUCCGGUUACAGGAGCGUACCUCCAUGUUCAAUGUUUUUUGGGCAGUUGAACAUCUGCGCGGAGACGGCUGCGCAGAAGCGGCUGCGCGGAAGCGGCUGCGCGGAAGCGGCUGCGCGGAAGCGGCUGCGCGGAAGCGGCUGCGCGGAUGCGGCUGCGCGGAAACGGCUGCGCGGAAACGGCUGCGCGGAAACGGCUGCGCGGGAACGGCUGCGCGGGAACGGCUGCGCGGGAACGGCUGCGCGGGAACAGGUGCGCGGGAACAGGUGCGCGGGAACAGGUGCGCGGGAACAGCUGCGCGGGAACAGCUGCGCAGGAACAGCUGCGCAGGAACAGCUGCGCAGGAACAGGUGCGCAGGAACAGCUGCGCAGGAACAGCUGCGCAGGAACAGGUGCGCAGGAACAGGUGCGCAGAAACAGCUGCGCAGAAACAGCUGCGCAGAAACAGCGGCGCAGAAACAGCGGCGCAGAAACAGCGGCGCAGAAACACUCUAUAGCCUCCGGUUACAGGAGCGUACCUCCAUGUUCAAUGUUUUUUGGGCAGUUGAACAUGAACAGCUGCGCAUAAGCGGCUGCGCAGAAGCGGCUGCGCAGAAGCGGCUGCGCAGAAGCGGCUGCGCAGAAGCGGCUGCGCAGAAGCGGCUGCGCAGAAGCGGCUGCGCAGAAGCGGCUGCGCAGAAGCGGCUGCGCAGAAGCGGCUGCGCAGAAGCGGCUGCGCAGAAGCGGCUGCGCAGAAGCGGCUGCGGAAAGCGGCUGCGCAGAAGCGGCUGCGCAGAAGCGGCUGCGCAGAAGCGGCUGCGCAGAAGCGGCUGCGCAGAAGCGGCUGCGCAGAAGCGGCUGCGCAGAAGCGGCUGCGCAGAAGCGGCUCCGCAGAAGCGGCUGCGCAGAAGCGGCUGCGCAGAAGCGGCUGCGCAGAAGCGGCUGCGCAGAAGCGGCUGCGCAGAAGCGGCUGCGCAGAAACGGCUGCGCAGAAACGGCUGCGCAGAAACGGCUGCGCAGAAACGGCUGCGCAGAUACGGCUGCGCAGAAACGGCUGCGCAGAAACGGCUGCGCAGGAACGGCUGCGCAGGAACGGCUGCGCAGGAACGGCUGCGCAGGAACGGCUGCGCAGGAACGGUUGCGCAGGAACGGCUGCGCAGGAACGGCUGCGCAGGAACGGCUGCGCAGGAACGGCUGCGCAGGAACGGCUGCGCAGGAACGGCUGCGCAGGAACGGCUGCGCAGGAACGGCUGCGCAGGAACGGCUGCGCAGGAACGGCUGCGCAGAAGCGGCUUCGCAGAAGCGGCUGCGCAGAAGCGGCUGCGCAGAUGCGGCUGCGCAGAAGCGGCUGCGCAGAAGCGGCUGCGCAGAAGCGGCUGCGCAGAAGCGGCUGCGCAGAAGCGGCUGCGCAGAAGCGGCUGCGCAGAAGCGGCUGCGCAGAAGCGGCUGCGCAGAAGCGGCUGCGCAGAAGCGGCUGCGCAGAAACGGCUGCGCAGAAACGGCUGCGCAGAAACGGCUGCGCAGGAACGGCUGCGCAGGAACGGCUGCGCAGAAACGGCUGCGCAGAAACGGCUGCGCAGAAACGGCUGCGCAGAAACGGCUGCGCAGAAACGGCUGCGCAUAAACGGCUGCGCAGAAACGGCUGCGCAGAAACGGCUGCGCAGAAACGGCUGCGCAGAAACGGCUGCGCAGAAACGGCUGCGCAGAAACGGCUGCGCAGAAACGGCUGCGCAGAAGCAGCUGCGCAGAAGCAGCUGCGCAGAAGCAGCUGCGCAGAAACAGCUGCGCAGAAACGGCUGCGCAGAAACGGCUGCGCAGAUACGGCUGCGCAGAUACGGCUGCGCAGAAACGGCUGCGCAGAAACGGCUGCGCAGAAACGGCUGCGCUGAUACGGCUGCGCAGAAACGGCUGCGCAGAAACGGCUGCGCAGAAACGGCUGCGCAGAAGCGGCUGCGCAGAAGCGGCUGCGCAGAAACGGCUGCGCAGAAACGGCUGCGCAGAAACGGCUGCGCAGAAACGGCUGCGCAGAAACGGCUGCGCAGAAACGGCUGCGCAGAAACGGCUGCGCAGAAACGGCUGCGCAGAAACGGCUGCGCAGAAACAGCUGCGCAGAAACGGCUGCGCAGAAACAGCUGCGCAGAAACAGCUGCGCAGAAACAGCUGCGCAGAAACAGCUGCGCAGAAACAGCUGCGCAGAAACAGCUGCGCAGAAACAGCUGCGCAGAAACAGCUGCGCAGAAACAGCUGCGCAGAAACAGCUGCGCAGAAACAGUGCGCAGAAACAGCUGCGCAGAAACAGCUGCGCAGAAACAGCUGCGCAGGAACAGCUGCGCAGGAACAGCUGCGCAGAAUCAGCUGCGCAGAAACAGCUGCGCAGGAACAGCUGCGCAGGAACAGCUGCCCAGAAACAGCUGCGCAGAAACAGCUGCGCAGAAACAACUGCGCAGAAACAGCUGCGCAGGAACAGCUGCGCAGGAACAGCUGCGCAGGAACAGCUGCGCAGGAACAGCUGCGCAGGAACAGCUGCGCAGAAACAGCUGCGCAGAAACAGCUGCGCAGAAACAGCUGCGCAGAAACAGCUGCGCAGAAACAGCUGCGCAGAAACAGCUGCGCGGAAACAGCUGCGCGGAAACAGCUGCGCGGAAACAGCUGCGCGGAAACAGCUGCGCGGAAACAGCUGCGCGGAAACAGCUGUGCAGAAACAGCUGCGCAGAAGCAGAUGCGCAGAAACAGCUGCGCAGAAACAGCUGCGCAGAAACAGCUGCGCAGAAACAGCUGCGCAGAAACAGCGGCGCAGAAACAGCGGCGCAGAAACAGCGGCGCAGAAACAGCGGCGCAGAAACACUCUAUAGCCUCCGGUUACAGGAGCGUACCUCCAUGUUCAAUGUUUUUUGGGCAGUUGAACAUCUGCGCCGAAACAGCUGCGCCGAAACAGCUGCGCCGAAACAGCUGCGCCGAAACAGCUGCGCCGAAACAGCUGCGCCGAAACAGCUGCGCCGAAACAGCUGCGCCGAAACAGCUGCGCCGAAACAGCUGCGCCGAAACAGCUGCGCCGAAACUGCUGCGCCGAAACAGCUGCGCCGAAACAGCUGCGCAGAAACAGCUAGGCAUAAGCAGCUGCGCAGAAACAGCUGCGCAGAGACAGCUGCGCAGAAACAGAUGCGCAGAAACAGCUGCGCAGAAACAGCUGCGCAGAAACAGCUGCGCAGAAACAGCUGCGCAGAGACAGCUGCGCAGAGACAGCUGCGCAGAGACAGCUGCGCAGAGACAGCUGCGCAGAGACAGCUGCGCAGAAACAGCUGCGCAGAAACAGCUGCGCAGAAACAGCUGCGCAUAAACAGCUGCGCAGAAACAGCUGCACAGAAACAGCUGCGCAGAAACAGCUGCGCAGAAACAGCUGUGCAGAAACAGCUGCGCAGAAACAGAUGCGCAGAAACAGCUGCGCAGAAACAGCUGCGCAGAAACAGCGGCGCACAAACAGCGGCGCAGAAACACUCUAUAGCCUCCGGUUACAGGAGCGUACCUCCAUGUUCAAUGUUUUUUGGGCAGUUGAACAUUGAAGUCUCAUCAGAAAAUCAGAAACAGCUGCGCGGAGACGGCUGCGCAGAAGCGGCUGCGCGGAAGCGGCUGCGCGGAAGCGGCUGCGCGGAAGCGGCUGCGCGGAAGCGGCUGCGCGGAUGCGGCUGCGCGGAAACGGCUGCGCGGAAACGGCUGCGCGGAAACGGCUGCGCGGGAACGGCUGCGCGGGAACGGCUGCGCGGGAACGGCUGCGCGGGAACAGGUGCGCGGGAACAGGUGCGCGGGAACAGGUGCGCGGGAACAGCUGCGCGGGAACAGCUGCGCAGGAACAGCUGCGCAGGAACAGCUGCGCAGGAACAGGUGCGCAGGAACAGCUGCACAGGAACAGCUGCGCAGGAACAGGUGCGCAGGAACAGGAUCUCUAGACCACGCGCGCGUACGGAGUUCGUCACCCAUGCUGUUGCAGUGAAGUCUCAUCAGAAAAUCAGAAACAGCUGCGCAGAAGCGGCUGCGCGGAAGCGGCUGCGCGGAAGCGGCUGCGCGGAAGCGGCUGCGCGGAAGCGGCUGCGCGGGAGCGGCUGCGCGGGAGCGGCUGCGCGGAAGCGGCUGCGCGGAAGCGGCUGCGCGGAAGCGGCUGCGCGGAAGCGGCUGCGCGGAAGCGGCUGCGCGGAAGCGGCUGCGCGGAAGCGGCUGCGCGGAAACGGCUGCGCAGAAACGGCUGCGCAGAAACGGCUGCGCAGAAACGGCUGCGCAGAAACGGCUGCGCAGAAACGGCUGCGCAGAAACGGCUGCGCAGAAACGGCUGCGCAGAAACGGCUGCGCAGAAACGGCUGCGCAGAAACGGCUGCGCAGAAACGGCUGCGCAGAAACGGCUGCGCAGAAACGGCUGCGCAGAAACGGCUGCGCAGAAACGGCUGCGCAGAAACAGCUGCGCAGAAACAGCUGCGCAGAAACAGCUGCGCAGAAACAGCUGCGCAGAAACAGCUGCGCAGAAGCAGCUGCGCAGAAGCAGCUGCGCAGAAACAGCUGCGCAGAAACAGCUGCGCAGAAACAGUGCGCAGAAACAGCUGCGCAGAAACAGCUGCGCAGAAACAGCUGCAGAGAUACAGCUGCGCAGAAACAGCUGCGCAGAAACAGCUGCGCAGAAACAGCUGCGCAGAAACAGCUGCGCAGAAACAGCUGCGCAGAAACAGCUGCGCAGAAACAGCUGCGCAGAAACAGCUGCGCAGGAACAGCUGCGCAGAAACAGCUGCGCAGAAACAGCUGCGCAGGAACAGCUGCGCAGGAACAGCUGCGCAGAAACAGCUGCGCAGAAACAGCUGCGCAGAAACAGCUGCGCAGGAACAGCUGCGCAGGAACAGCUGCGCAGGAACAGCUGCGCAGGAACAGCUGCGCAGGAACAGCUGUGCAGGAACAGCUGCGCAGAAACAGCUGCGCAGAAACAGCUGCGCAGAAACAGCUGUGCAGAAACAGCUGCGCAGAAACAGAUGCGCAGAAACAGCGGCGGACAAACAGCGGCGCAGAAACACUCUAUAG